AGAUGGAAACUUACACUAAAUAAACCGUAUUAAGUUGGAACCUCUAUUGCACAGCCCACAGCCAUUUGUUAUGAGAGCAACUUCUUAUAGAUUAUCUUAACUCCUGUAGAUUGAUUCUGUUGUCAACUAUAGAGUGUUAAAUUAUAAGGGUCUCUUCAACAAUGUCUUCCCAGCUUCCUACAUGAGGGCAAUAAUUUAUCUGUUAUGUGAGGCAGGAAAGGGCGGAUGCUACAAGUGAGAGAUGGCACACACACACACACACACACACAGUUAUAAGGGGUGGCUCAUAUUAAUAUUAACACGUUACACAGGUGUCAUUCACACACACAUUGUCUAUUCCACAUGUAGCCUACGUCUAUGGAAAAUUUUGGUGUAAUGUCAGAGACUGGUCAGAUUGCAGAGCUCCUGUUAGUGAGGCGUUUGAGGUAAUGGCUGAGGUGUGACUCGUUAACUAUCAGAGAUGAAGAAAAACCUGCAAUGCCUCUUAACUACUGGAACUGAGCACGGUCGCGGUAGCACAUUUCAUGUAUUGUACGAGAGUUAGCUUAAAUUAUUUUCUUCAGCCUUUUUACAGUUUAAUCGACUUAAAGGGAAUGGGACUCAUGACUCUCCCUGUAAACACUGCGGCUGUGGAUUAUCAUGCUGCUGAUGAAAGCACUUGGCAGGUGAAAGAUAUGAAGUUUGGCAAACGACCAGUGUGUGAGCUGAAGUUACUGAAAAACUGGACAGCCCUUUGUUUGUUUUUGGCAGUGGCGCUCUUAUUGUAUCAUGACCCAUUUCUACUACUCUGGUGGCCUAUGAAACCUGCUGAGAACACUAAGACUGGUAGUUUACCUCUGGAUAUGGCCACAGACUCCAUUGAUGACAUGUAUGAUGGAUGCCGAACUGAAGCAGCCUCUGUGAUUGACUUGUUUGGCGUGUUCGAGUGGCACCACAACACAUACUUCAGUUUUGCCUGGGCUUUAGCUGAAAGACAUGCAAAGCCACCUGUGCAUGAGCACCUGAAAGAAGAACAUGCGAUAGUUAUGUACAUGUACACAAAAAUGAAAAAAAUCCAACAAGAGUUCAACAAAGCAGUGAAAACAGGCAAACACAAGUACAGCACGCAGGGAUUUAAGUUCCACUAUCUUUACUUCCACCUGACCGACGCCAUUCAAGUUCUGCGGCACAAUCAGGCACCAUGCAGAACCACCUAUCACAGGACGUGGAAGGAGUUUAACCGCAACGUCAUCAACAGAAACAUGCGUUUUGGUGCUUUCACCUGGGCAGCUUCAAGCAAGCAGUCAUUUGAUUUUAAUGGCAACGUGUCUUGUUUUGAGAUCCACUCGUGCUUUGGUGCCGAUAUAACAUAUUACUCUGCUACAAAACAAAUGGGACAGGAGCUUAUUCCUCCCUAUGAGGUCUUCAAAAUCACUGAUGUCCUGACAAAAGACCCAUGGUGCAGUGUGGUCUACAAGCUGCAGAGCACCAAAAUACCAAGAGGAGAUUUAAAUUGUAAACUGAAUCAAAGGCAAAUAAAAUCAUAUUUUACAGUCAUUAUAACACACUGGCUAGCAAGCAGUGCUGGGAUGAUGUCAAUAUACAUAAUGCUGUUGAUUAUAAUAUCUUUAGUCCUUGUAAAACGCAGGCAGAAGUGUUUUGUGGCUGCAGUGCUGAGUGCUUUGCUGGUGCUGAUGAUUAUUCUGGUGAUAUUGAGAGUGCGCCACUAAUCAAAGAGGGUUAAGGGUGUGUUACUGGGACGCUUAAUCUUGUUAAUGCCACUGAGAAUUCACAAAUUAUGUUUUUGAAUAUAAUAAGGGAAUAAAAAUAUUACCUGAGCUCCGUUUCCAGAGACUAUAUGGUGCACAAUAAACAUAGCAACA